AUGUGUAAGACAGUUAGCCAGAACAUAGCAUAUGGCCUUACAGUAUCUGCAAUAUUGACUCAUCUUGGCCUAAGUGCCAAAAACAUGACUAUAAUCUUUGCAAGGAAUGUUAUAAAUCAGAGAAUAUUAAACACAAUUCUGGUUAGGUGGGCAUUUCAGGUGUACAUGGUCAGAUCCAUGGGUAAGAAUAAUGGAGUCUUGAAUGACAAUGAGUUUGACAUAUGCAUGAUUGCAAUGAGUGUCAGUUUUAAGGUAGAGUUUUAUGAUAUGUGUGUUGUUGCACAAAAACGUAACUUGAGCAAAAGCUUUGUUCUCAGAGAAAGUGGCAUGAAUUGUGAUCCAGAAGAAGGCCACAAAUGA